CUUUAUUCUCUCUCAAACAAUUUUUAGCUCAUCCCUCGCAACCACACUGAAUUUCAAAACACUAUUGUUUUUAGAUUCACCUUCCUAGAUCCUCGCAACUCAAUCCAGCUUUCUAUAUCCUUAAGAUAAUCAGUGUAUACAUAAACAGACCUUACGCUGUAAAUAUGUUCAAUCUUUAUCACCUUUCCACUCUUUCUGAUUAUCCUUGAUGUUGGUUUUCCCUCUAUACCUUACUUCCUUUGUGGGUUUCGCAGUUUAUUACUGUCUAUGUGCUGACACUCUGAUUUGGGUUUUGAUUAUGUUCUCUAUUGGGGUAUUAUACUUGUGUGAACGAUUUUUCAUUCUCUUUUCACGAUUGUCAAAAGUUGGGUCUUUAUUGGAUUCUCUUUAGUUUAUGCCUGUUGAGAAAAACCAGAUUCUUGAUUCCCCUCUUAACUGAUUCCAAAAUUUUUUGCGACUUUUUUGAAAGUAGACAUAAAAGGCUCGCUAUCUCUCUAUAUAUAUACACUCUAUAUGCCUUUGUUCCUCUUACUUUGGAGUUUAUGAACUUCUGAGUCAUUGUUGCAUAUUAGCAAAUUUAAAUCAUGGAGACUCUAUACUCAUCUCCAUACAUGUCCGACACUGGUUGGUUUAGCCAGAGCACAGAGUGGACUAGAGAAGAGAACAAGAAGUUUGAGAGUGCUUUGGCUAUAUAUGAUGAGCAUACUCCGGAUAGAUGGCUUAAGAUAGCCGCAAUGAUUCCGGGGAAAACAGUUUUUGAUGUGAGGAAGCAGUAUAGGGAGCUCGAAGAUGAUGUUAGUGAUAUUGAAGCAGGCCGUGUCCCGAUUCCCGGUUAUCUUAGCUCAUCUUUGACAUGGGAGUUGGUUAGUCCGGACAAUUGUGAUGUGUAUAGGAAGAGGUCUUUGGCAGUCAAGACUUCGGAUCAGGAAAGGAAGAAAGGAGUUCCAUGGACUGAAGAAGAGCACAGGCAGUUUCUGAUGGGAUUGCUGAAGUAUGGUAAAGGGGAUUGGAGAAACAUAUCGCGGAAUUUCGUAGUCUCAAAGACUCCAACUCAAGUGGCAAGCCAUGCCCAGAAAUACUUCAUAAGGCAGCAGCUUUCAGGAGUGAAAGAUAAGAGGAGACCAAGUAUUCAUGACAUCACCACAAUCAAUCUCACAAACACAACCCUGAUGGAUCACAACAAUAAUUCAUUUGAUCAGUCUAAUGCGCUUUACUUCCAGCAGAAGCCGACUGGCACCAACAAAAUCAGUCUUGAAUAUUGGAGUCACAAAAAUGAUGAAGCAGUCAUGGUUCUGGAUUCAUCUGACGAUGACCUGUUCGUGUCAUCUCGCUAUGAAUCUGCUGCAAAUAGCCUUAUAUUGCAGGGGCAGAGUCUCUAUGGCAAUGCUGGUAUAGACUCCCAGAAUUUGGCUUUUCAUAUGCCAUCUAGGAGGUAUCGUAUUCGCGGAUGAGCAAGCAGUUGUUGUACUCAAAUGGGUUGAACUGCUGAAUCUGAUCAUGUUUAGUACAAUUCCCAUGUUUGUGCCUUUUUCAUUAUGUGAUUACCUAAAUGAGAAAAUCUGCAAGUCACAUUGCUUCUCU